UGAUAGCACGUUAAUCAGGCGACCUGGCUAACUGUGGGCGACCUCGCCCUCGGAACGUGCACAAACGUGACCCUAUCAUCACCAGAAGCAGAUCGGCUAACCGACGAGCAGCCAAUAUGGCUGCCAAUGUGCAAAAUCCGGUUCCGCAACAAAAUGCUAAUCCACCUAAUCAACCUGCCCCAUGUGCACGAGCUCCCAUGUCGCCACUAGAUCUCUAUCUAUUUGAUCCGGCCCACCAUCUCGCAGGAGCAUGGCUGGCCACGCUUAGAGCACAGCAGUACGAUGAUCACGAAGCACAGAUCAACAUUCCAGCUCGAAUGGGAGGAGACGCUCAUCAAUGGUAUAGUACCUAUGUAUGGGUGGAUCUCCCGAACUUCGAACGAGAUUUCAUGAACCGAUUUGAUUAUGUCCACCCUGAGCAAGCGCUAUACAUGAUCAAGGACCGAGUGCAAAAACCGCUCGAAUCCGUUGCGGAAUAUCGAAACCGGUUCUACAGAAUGUUCGUAAGAACUGAGCAAGUGCGGCCCGGAUAUCAGGAAGUCAUCGCACAAGAGCUCACGAUCCCGGUAGCGCAGCUGGUGGACGAUCUCCCUCUCUACAUCAGCUCGCAGGAUGACGAGCACCCGAUUCCUCACGUACUUUCUCGCACGUUGACGCCAUAUCUCCAGUGGUCGGCUAGUCUGGAGGGAGCCACAGAGCGCAUCCCGCCGUCACAGCAACAAUAUUUGGAUCCCCGGACGAUUCGUGAUCUGGCCUUCUUCAGGAAUCCUACGGCGGAACAAUGUGCCGUCAUUCGAGAAGAAGAGGAGGAGGAAGAAAGUACCGGGAGUGACGAAGACGAAGACGGGCUGGAAGCAGGCGGGAAUAGCAACGAAGAGCUCGGUGAAGAAGACGAAACCCCCGAAGAAGGAAGCUAUAGCGAGCAUAGCGAGGGGGAACAGAGCGAAGAAGAAGAAGAGGACGAGGAAGGAGAAGAGGAGCACGACAAAGAGCCUGUUGGAUCGGAGUGGGAAGCCGUGCCAGAAGAAGCGAUGUGUAUGGGUACAGAGGCAGAGGAUCCCGAGACGGCCCGCAAAAGAGAAGAAAUCGCGGUCGGGAAGGAGUUAGAGCUCGCAAACGCAACGAGUCUGCAGACCCCCGACGACCCGAACCGAGAUCCGGAGCCGCCUAGACCUGAAGAUGGUGACCUCACGGCCACGACUCCGACCCCAUCCACGCGGCAACGGAGCCGAUACCCUUCCUCCCCAACCCGUCCCCCAGUUCGCCGACGUACCGAUACGGGCGAUCGACCUUCGUCCCCGAUUACUCUCUCGCCGUCCUCUUGACUACCUCACCCUCCGCCAGCUCACCACCCCCAUCACGUUCCCUUCCAACC